AUGGUUUUGAAGUCUACAUCUGCAAAUGAUGUUUCAGUGUAUCAAGUUUCUGGUACGAAUGUUUCGAGAUCGUUGCCUGACUGGAUUGCUAAAAAGCGUAAGAGACAAUUAAAGAAUGAUUUAGAGUAUCAGAAUAGAGUAGAGUUAAUUCAAGAUUUUGAAUUUAGUGAAGCUUCCAAUAAAAUCAAAGUGAGUAAGGACGGACAAUAUUGUAUGGCUACUGGUACGUACAAACCCCAAAUACACGUCUACGACUUUGCAAAUUUAUCACUAAAAUUUGAUAGGCAUACAGACGCUGAAAACGUCGAUUUUGCCAUCCUUUCUGAUGAUUGGACUAAAAGUGUACAUUUACAAAAUGACAGAAGUAUCCAGUUUCAAAACAAAGGUGGUUUACAUUAUACAACAAGAAUUCCUAAAUUUGGGAGAAGUUUAGUUUACAAUAAGGUGAAUUGCGAUUUAUACGUUGGAGCCAGUGGCAAUGAAUUAUAUAGACUGAAUUUAGAAAAGGGCAGAUUUUUAAAUCCAUUCAAGUUAGAUACCGAAGGUGUCAAUUAUGUCUCCAUUAAUGACGUGAAUGGGUUGUUGGCGGCAGGAACGGAAACGAAUGCGGUGGAAUUUUGGGAUCCAAGGUCACGGUCCCGUGUUUCCAAGCUGUAUUUAGAGAACAAUAUUGACAACAGACCAUUUCAAGUUACCACGUGUAGUUUCCGUAAUGACGGUUUGAAUUUUGCCUGUGGUACAUCAAACGGUUAUUCAUAUCUUUAUGACCUACGUACAUCUAAACCUUCCAUGAUUAAGGACCAAGGUUAUGGAUUUGACAUUAAGAAGAUUAUCUGGUUGGAUGAUGUUGGCACAGAAAAUAAAAUUUUGACAUGUGACAAAAGAAUUGCCAAGAUAUGGGAUAGGCUUGAUGGUAAAGCAUAUGCUUCAAUGGAACCCAGCGUUGAUAUUAAUGACAUUGAACACGUUCCAGGUACAGGUAUGUUUUUCACUGCCAAUGAGAGUAUCCCAAUGCACACAUAUUAUAUUCCAAGUUUAGGACCAUCUCCACGUUGGUGCUCAUUCUUGGAUUCCAUCACAGAAGAAUUAGAGGAAAAACCAAGUGACACCGUUUACUCGAAUUACAGAUUCAUUGCUAGAGACGAUGUGAAGAAAUUGAACUUAUCACAUUUAGUGGGAUCCAGUGUACUAAGAGCUUACAUGCAUGGUUUCUUUAUUAAUACUGAACUUUACGAUAAGGUUUCUUUGAUUGCUAAUCCAGAUGCUUACAAAGAUGAAAGAGAAAGAGAAAUCAGACGUAGAAUCGAAAAAGAAAGGGAAUCCAGAAUCAGAAGUUCAGGAGCUGUUCAAAAUCCCAAGGUUAAAGUCAAUAAGACGUUGGUUGAUAAAUUAUCUCAAAAACGUGGUGAUAAAGUUGCAGGGAAAGUUCUUACAGAUGAUCGUUUCAAAGAAAUGUUUGAAAACGAAGAGUUUCAAGUUGACGAAACUGAUUAUGAUUUCAAGCAAUUGAAUCCAGUGAAGUCGCUCAGAGAGACCGAGGAAGGUGCUGCCAAGCGUAUUAGAGCGUUGACUGCUGCCGAAGACUCUGAUGAGGAAAGAAUUGCGAUGAAAAACAGCAGGGGUCACUAUGACUAUGAGGAUGAGGAAGCUGAUGAAGAUGAAGAAUCAGAGGAAGAUACCAAGCAAAAUACGGAUAAGGAGGAAUUAAGCGAGAAAGAUUUGAAGAGAAUAGAGAAGCAAAGGUCAUUAAUCGAACGGAGAAAGAAGGAGAAGGAAGAAAGUGAACGAUUUAUGAACGAAAUGAAAGCAAGUACCGCCCUGGGGACGCAAGGUAGCGAAGGUGCUCACGUCACGUUUGGUGAACAAGUCGGCGAACUACAUGAAGUAGAGAAUGAGAAGAGCUCAAAUGAAUCUAUUUUACGUCGCAAUCACCGCGGUGAAGCUGAACUUACGUUUGUACCUCAAAGAAAAAGCAAAAAGGAUGGAAACAAUAAACCUAGACAUCAUGAUGCCUCAUCAGAUGAAGAAGAAGUCGACGGCGACGGUCAUCAGAGGGGUAACGGUAGGUCAAAGCCCAGGUUCGACAAUAGGAGAAGAGCUAGUAAGAAUGCAUUUCGUGGUAUGUAA